AUGUACUAUCAUGUGUGCAAGUUCUCGAAGGUAGUCUCAGCAUCAUACCAGGUUCCAGCGCCUCGAGAGGAUCCCGAAGGCUUCAUUACCGAGAUCAUGAACGCCAUCCACGCCUCCGACAUCGACCUGGUUAUCCCCAUGCACGAGGAGAUAUUCUUCCUUGCCGAAGCAGCGCAGACGAAUGAGGAGCUUCGAAGAAAGCUCCUCGCACCCGACUUUCGAACACUCGUGACCCUGCACAACAAAUGGCAGUUCUCCCGGUUCCUUUCGAAGCUCGGACUUCGUGUCCCGACCUCGAGGCUUUGCCGAACGUACGAAUGCAUCCAGGAUUUGGACCAGGACAAAGAGUGGGCGUUGAAACCGGUGUAUGGACGGGCUGCAUCGAAUGUCUUCCAUCUGAAGCCGGGUAAGCCGCUGCCAGGACGGGAGGAGAUUGAUGUGAGCGAAGAAACCCACUACAUCGCCCAAGAGUGGACCAAGGGACAACGGUACUGUACAUACUCCGUGCUUCAGGACGGGAGAGUCGCGGCGUUAGCUGCUUAUCCUGUUAAGGAUACAAUUGACGGUAAGCUUUCGAGAUUCGCCCUGGUAGUCCAACAAACUUACCCAGUGUUAGGAUCAUCCUGUGUGUACUUCGAGUCGAUAGAGAAGGAGAGCAUUCGAGACUACAUGGGCAAAUUGGCGGCUGGGCUUCCUGGGGUAUCAGGACAGAUUGCACUGGAUCUGAUCGAACUCGAUGAUGGAAGCCUGGUGGCAAUCGAGUGCAAUCCCCGCGCGACAUCAGGGAUUCACCUCUACUCGGGGACAGCGAAGCUGGCGUUGGCUUUGACCUGUCGGUGCCCCGUUGAUGAACCAGCUUCCGACAAUCUCCCCGACCACGUCGCACCACCUCCUCGUGCCAAGCGCAAGGUCGCACCCGGGAUGCUGAUGUGGAAGCCCUUUCCGUCAGAUCAGAAAACGUGGGCCAUCGUUGGGGAGUAUGCUGGCCAUAUGAAGCGUCUGGUUGCCAGCAGAGACGUGAUAUGGUCAUGGAGAGACCUGCUGCCAUCUCUCAUGCAGCCGUUCCUACUGACCAGUUACUACGAGAUUUGUCGCGAGAAGGGACUGAAAUUACCCACCAUGUUCCAGUAUGAUCUCGUAUGGGAGCCCAAAGGCGACCACCUUCGACGGGUACGAGAGUUGUUCACAGAGGAGCCAGAGCCUGGCGCGUCGUAG